AUGAAGAUUCAUCUUACUCCCGAAAACGUCAAGUUUUCGCUGUUUACAGCGGAAGACAUUAAAAAAAUGAGUGUUUGUAAAAUUGUCACGCCAAUGCUGUUGGAUCCCUUGGGGUAUCCUCUAACCGGAGGACUAUACGAUAGUAAAUUAGGCCCUUAUUCGGAUCAAGGGGAAUUAUGCGGAACCUGCAACAACACGUUCACCAAGUGUCCCGGCCAUUUCGGACACAUAGAACUGCCGUUGCCCGUCGUAAAUCCGUUAUUUCACAAGUUUAUAGGAAUGAUUUUGAAAAUGUCGUGCUUGAAUUGUUUCCACAUUCAAUUGCCGACCCAUAUGAAGAAAGUGUUGUGCAUUCAGAUGAAAUUGUUGAACUGCGGAAUGGUCACCGAGGCGUUGUUAAUCGAAAAUCAAGUAGCCGAAUUGGUAGUGAAAUACACGGAAUUUAAAAAUAUUCCUCCUAAGGAAUUGGAGAAUAUUUUACAGUACGAAGUAACUAAUUUAAUAGAAGAUACAGAAGAACAAAAACAUGUAUUGAAUCAAAACACUGAAACUCUUAGAAACAAAUUCAUCAACGAUUUUCUAAAAGAAGUUAAAACUACACAUGUAUGUAUGUUCUGCAAAGGCAGAAUUAAUCGACUUCAAACUUUGAAGAAUAAAAUCAUUUUGAUAUCGAGAAAAACGGAAACGAACGAACCUGAUAGUACCGAAAUAGGCCAGAAAGUCACAGGACUGGAAAUGAAAUGCGUGUACCCCGACGAAUCCAGAGAAUAUAUGAGGCGCAUAUGGAAGGAAGAAAGAGAAUUAAUAGAACAGCUCAUUUCAGUUCUUACCGAUAUAAACAUCGAGAAUCCCACGGAUGCUUUCUAUUACGAAGUGUUACCCGUUCCUCCUCCUAAUAUCAGACCUGUAAACUUCGUCAACGGCAGAGUUUUAGAAAACAAGCAAUCGACCGGCUACAAAAACGUCAUACAAAACUCGAUUUUGUUGAGGACAAUCAUACAAGUUAUCCAAAAAAACGACGAUGCUACCACUCUAGCGACCGCAGAGGCGAAGGCAGCUUACAGUUUCGCCAGAGGCAAUACGCCCGUAGAAAAACUAAACUAUUGCUGGGAGGAACUCCAAAACGACGUUAAUUGUUUAUUCGACAGAGACAGUAGCAACAAUAGGGAAGGCAGAGAAGGCGAAGGGUUGAAACAGAUUAUAGAGAAAAAGGAAGGCAUAAUCCGCAUGUGCAUGAUGGGAAAACGAGUCAACUACUCGGCCCGGUCCGUCAUCACGCCCGAUCCCAACCUAAACAUCGACGAAAUCGGCAUACCCGAAGCCUUCGCCAAGAAGCUCACCUACCCCGUCGCCGUCACCCCUUGGAACGUGGAAGAACUCAGGAAAAUGAUCUUGAACGGCCCCAACGUCCAUCCCGGAGCCGUAAUGGUGGAAUACAACGGCAACGUGAAGCGCAUCAACCCCGACAGCAAGCAACAGCAACAGAGCAUACUGAAAACCCUGCUCACGCCCGACGACAACGCCGGCGUCACCGACGGCGUGAAGAUCGUGCACCGGCACCUCUGCAACGGCGACAUAUUGCUCUUGAACAGGCAACCCACGUUGCACAAGCCGAGUAUCAUGGCGCACACGGCGCGCAUCCUCAAAGGCGAGAAAACGCUCAGGCUGCACUACGCCAAUUGCAAGGCGUACAACGCCGAUUUCGACGGGGACGAGAUGAACGCGCACUUUCCCCAAAACGAGCUCGCCCGCAGCGAAGGAUACAACAUCGUGAACGCUUCGAAUCAAUACCUGGUACCCAAAGACGGGACGCCAUUGAACGGCCUCAUACAAGAUCACAUGAUAUCCGGCGUGCGUUUGUCGCUGAGAGGUAGAUUUUUCACGAGAAUGGAUUACCACCAGCUGGUGUUCCAAGCGUUGUCAUUCAAAAUGGGCGAGAUCGUUCUGCUGCCUCCGUCCAUCUUGAAACCACAAACCCUGUGGUCGGGCAAACAGAUUCUAUCGACUGUCAUAAUCAACGUGAUACCGGAGGGGCGGAAGUUGCUCAACUUGACUUCGAGCUCGAAAAUCCCCUCUAAAGCGUGGCAAUGCAGACCGAACAGGCGCUGGAAGGCCGGCGGUACUCAAUUCUUCGACGACAAAACCAUGAGCGAAGCCGAGGUUAUUAUCCGAGGCGGUGAACUGCUCGUGGGGAUAUUGGACAAGACCCAUUACGGAGCCACCCCGUACGGUCUAGUACACUGCAUCUACGAGUUAUACGGAGGUACUUACGCCACGCGGUUGCUUUCGUCGUUCGCAAAGUUAUUCAUGAGAUUCCUCCAACAAGAAGGGUUCACUUUGGGCGUGCACGACAUCCUAACGGUGAAAAAAGCCGAUCGGAAACGCAAAGAUAUCGUAUCGGAAUGCCGAAGAAUAGGCAAAGAAACUAUAACCAAGGCGUUGGAUUUACCCAUCGAAACCGCCGAUGAAGAUAUCGUCGAGAAAAUCGACGAGCUGAUCGCUUCGGAUCCCAAAAUACGAACGGUAAUCGACAGACAAUACAAAUCUAAUUUGGACAUUUACACCAACGAGAUAAACAGGACGUGUCUGCCGAUGGGUUUGGUGUGCAAAUUCCCCCAGAACAACCUCCAAUUGAUGGUGCAAUCGGGCGCCAAAGGUUCCACCGUGAAUACCAUGCAGAUCUCCUGCCUGCUGGGCCAGAUCGAAUUGGAGGGGAAACGACCGCCGGUGAUGAUAUCCGGCAAAUCGUUGCCCAGCUUUCCGGCGUUCGAAUUUUCGCCGAGAGCGGGCGGUUUCAUCGACGGGCGCUUCAUGACGGGCAUCCAACCGCAGGAGUUUUUCUUCCAUUGCAUGGCGGGACGAGAGGGUCUGAUCGAUACGGCAGUGAAAACCAGUCGCAGUGGAUACUUACAAAGGUGUUUGAUCAAGCAUUUGGAGGGCCUGCGAGUGGGCUACGAUAUGACGGUUAGAAACAGCGAUCAAAGCGUCAUUCAGUUUAUGUACGGCGAGGACGGAAUGGACAUUUCCAAGGCACAAUUUCUCAACGGGAAACAACUGAAUUUCCUCGCCGAAAACGUGGAAGUUUUGGCACAACCAGAAGUUUUGGCGCAAGUGAAAGACGACGAGAAUCAAGCUGUGCUAAAGGAGCACCAAAAAGAGUUGUCCGAUUGGAUAAAAAAACACGGCAACCCCUUGGAGCACAAAAGAAAAAGCGCCUUCUCGAUGUUCGCCCAAUACGUGAACUCCAAAGUAGGCGAAAGGAAACAGUUGAGCACGAAAAAUCUGUCGGAACUUUGGUACGAACUCGAACCGGAAAUCAAAGACAGUUUUAUCGCCAAAUGCCAACGAUGCCCCGAUCCAGUCGACGCCGUAUUCCAACCGGACGCCAAUUUCGGCGCGAUCAACGAGAGAAUCGAAAAACUGCUCAAGGAUUUCAAAGGUUUCGCGAAGAAAAAGGCCAAAAAGGAGUUCCAAAACGUCAUCAAACUCAAAACGAUGCAAUCCAUGUGCAGCGCAGGCGAACCAGUUGGACUAUUAGCCGCUCAAUCGAUCGGCGAGCCUUCCACGCAGAUGACAUUGAACACCUUCCAUUUCGCCGGCAGAGGCGAAAUGAACGUCACCCUGGGUAUCCCCAGGUUGCGGGAGAUCCUGAUGAUGGCCUCCAAGAACAUCAAGACCCCUUCGAUGGAGAUACCGUUCCUCAACGUGCCCGAUUUGGAGCGGCAGGCCGACGAUUUGCGCAAGAAUUUAACGCGAGUUGUCGUGUCCGAUGUGCUCGAAACCAUCGACGUCACCACGGAGCUGCAACUCAAACCCCAGAGAUCGAACGUCUACCAGGUGAGGUUCAACUUCCUGCCGAAGAAGUACUACAGCAUGGACUACCGCGUGAAGCCGAAGGAGAUACUGAACCACAUGAAGAAGAAGUUCUUUACGGAAAUGUUCGCCGCUAUUCGGAAAGUGAGCAAGUUGAAUUCUAACGUAGUAAUGAUGGAGGAGGAGAAGCAGAAGAGGAGCGCCAAAUCGAACGAGGACGAGGAGAGCGAGGAGCAAAAUGAGAAGACUCAAGCGCCCGCGGACGAUAACAGCUCUGAUGAGGAAGUGGAAGACCGCGAGGACGCCAAACAGACGCACAAAUAUGAAGAAACCAGGAACGAUUUGGAGCCCGAAGAGGAAGAGAAGGUUCCUUCCGAUGAUGAUUCGGAUGAUGAGAACGAAACGAAACCUCCAGGAGAGGAAACUUCUGGUUCGCAAAGCGACAACGAAGUCGUGGAGGCUUUUCAGUUUGCUCAAAGCUACACCGAGGAUACGCACAAGCAUUUAUGGUGUGAAAUAGUAUUGAGGCUGCCGUUGAAAUUCAAGAAGUUAGAUUUAUCUGCCAUUUUGAAGGACGUCGCCCACAAGUCGGUUUUGUGGGAAACUGCUCUGAUUAAACGGGCGAUUACUUACAUCAAAGAUGACACGUUAAUGCUGAGAACUGAUGGUAUCAACAUUAUUGAAAUGUUCAAAUACAACACUCUGCUGGAUUUGCCGAAAUUAUAUUGUAACGACAUCCAUAAAAUAGCCGAAACGUACGGCAUCGAAGCCGCUUCGAAAGCCAUAGUCAGGGAAGUAAAAGAUGUAUUUAACGUGUACGGCAUCAAAGUAGACCCGAGGCAUUUGUCGUUAGUAGCCGAUUACAUGACGUUCAACGGGAGUUUCGAGCCUCUCAGUAGAAGGGGAAUGGAAAGCAGCGCUUCGCCUUUACAACAAAUGUCGUUCGAAUCAUCGAUAGGAUUUCUACGAAACGCCGUGAUAAGAGGUAAACAAGAUUUCCUGGACAAUCCUUCCAGUUGUCUGAUGUUGGGGAAACCGUGUACGACAGGAACGGGGGCUUUCACGUUGCUCCACAAGACUUUCGAUUUAAGCUGA